AUGAUUUCACAGUCACCUACACAUCCACCUUCCGGACCAUAUCCUUCACCAUCUGGGCCAUCUCCUUCACAUGUACAGUCACCUAGGCUGUAUCAGUUUUUCCCUUCACCAUUUGCUUUGCCAUCUCCUACACAACCUACUCAUCCACUUAUUCCUACACAUCCUUCACCAUUUGUUGUGCCAUCUCCUAUUCCAUCGUUUGUUCCACCAUCUACUUCACCAUUUCCCGGGCCAUAUCCUGGGCUAUCUCCUCGGCCAUCUCCCGAGGUAGCUGCUUCACAGCCUACUCAGCUAUGUACUCCAUUUUCCGACUCUCAUUCUCCUCAGCAGAAGGAUGAGGUUCCAUCGUUUGUUCCACCAUCUACUUCACCAUUUCCUGGGCCAUAUCCUGGGCUAUCUCCUCGGCCAUCUCCCGAGGUAACUGCUUCACAGCCUACUCAGUUAUGUACUCCAUUACUCUCAUUCUCCUCAGCGGAAGAGAAAUAUGGUCAUCUGCCACUACCUGUUCCUGUCCCUACAUAUGACAUCGACACUACAGCUACUGCUUUGGGUACUUAG